AUCGGCAAGACAAAGGCAACAACUGCUUCCAAAACAUGUAUAGCUUCUCCGAUCACUUCACCACCUCUCACUUGGGAAUGGCUUCAUCCGAAUACUGGCAAGGCAGCAGGUGGAACUUAUGAGGAUCGUCGUCAAUCUGUGGGUGAUUCUUUUAUCGGUGGUGCCAAACAAAACUUGCGUGAACUUUUCUUACCUGUGGGUUAUCCUGAUGCUUUACAUAGUUGUUAUAAGAAAUUCCAUCUAUGGCUUGGUUUAGAAACUUAUGUUGGUUCUGCUGUUGGUGUAUUAUGUUCUCAAGCCAUGUUGGCUUCUUUGGGUUUAGGAACAGUAGAGGCAGCUGGUGGUGCUGUGGCUAUACAAUGGGUAUUGAAAGAUGGCAUUGGUGAAUUUGGCAAACUUUUCUUUAUCAAGCGAUAUGCAAGUUCUUUUGAUUCUCAUCCCAAGACUUGGAAAUUUAUAUGUGAACUCUUAUCAACCUUUGGC